GCUCUGCAUGCUAUGCUCUCUCCCCUCACUUAUGGAGUACGUGUAGAUCAUAUGUGGCAGUGGACUGUACAUACACAAGUGACACAUACGGUGAGACUGAAAAACAAGUGGCGUACUGCCUAUGCCAUCCUGUGUAUGCUAUGUAUGUAUCUCUACCAGCUAGCUAGCUACUAGCUACAUCCAACAUAGGUACCAUCGACCAAGCCACCCCGUGGAAUCAACCAAACACGGUGUGGAAACAAAUUCCACU